AUGGGAGUCUCCAAAGUAUUGACGAACAAGGCUCCGGCCCCUCGAGGCCUGUUGUCUCAGGCCAUCAUCUGCAAUGGGAUGGUAUACUGUUCAGGUGCCACGGGAGUCGAUCCAGCCACAAACAAACUCAUUCUGGGAAAUGCAGGGGAUCGUACGACCCAGACGUUGCGGAAUCUUGCGGCAGUCUUGGAAGCUGCAGGAUCGAGUAUCCGAAAUGUGGUCAAGGUCAACGUCUACCUGACGUCGAUGGAUGAUUUUAGAGAGAUGAACGCAGCCUACGAGCAAGUGUUCAAAUACGACCCGAAGCCGGCUCGAACCUGCGUACAAGUCACCGCGUUUCCUGCAAAGACAGAUGUCGAAAUCGACCUCAUAGCCGCCGUGUAA